AUGCUUCGGCUACAAGAGCAAAUCGAUGAACUGAGGCGACUGCAAGCGAUCUCGUUGGAGGAGGAGCCGUUGGAUGAGUUCAGGAGAACACAUUUGAUGGCUCUGAAAGAGGCGGAGCCGCUCAAGGAGAGAUUUGCUCUCCUGGACAGUGGAGCAACACAUGCGUAUCGUGGGGCACAAGAGGGCGAGUUGGACUGGGCCAGGACGGUCAAGGUGAAUUUGGCGGGAGGACAAAGCAAAGAGCUCAAGCAGAACCCGGGUGGAACGCUACUUGGGGAAGAAGGCUCAGAUGCAAUCUUGCCAUUGGGGAAAUUGGUACGCUUGCUGAACUGUGAGGUACACUGGAACCCGAGAAGCCUCGUGAUAAAGCAUCCAGAGUUUGGAAAGCUGCGAGUACGUGUUCGAAAUGACUGCCCGGAGGUGGUGGAGACAGAGGGUUUGAGGAUCAUCUCCGAGUUAGAACAGAAGAGGUUGUUGUCGUUCACGGCCGCGAUGGAUGCGUUUGAGGAGCAGGUGGCAGCAAUGGAGGUGGGCCUGGAUCAAAGCUGGGAGCGCUGGAUGAACGUGUUCCUGAAAACCGGAAGCAGAGUAUCGUGCACAGGCUUGCUGCAAACACUCCCGUUCUUGAAUGACAUGCCGAUGAGCUUGAUUGGAAAAAUUGCAGAAGAAGUUCCAGUCACAGACAAGGAUGGUUGGAAAUUGCUGAAGAAAUUCCCAUGGAAUCGAAGUCGGCGAAAACAACUAUGGGCCUCGAGGCGUUGGGUAGUGCAUGUGUAUGCUGGAAAAACAAGGCCUCAGGAUGACAUCAGCAAGCUAGAAGGGCACCAUGGAAUGGUAGUGAUCUCAAUCGACUUGGAGGACAGUAGAUCCUUCAACAUGGACGAGCAGGGAAGUAUCUUCCAGCUGUUGAUGUGGGCAGCGCUGUCAGGGACCGCCGUGUCGAACGGCAAGCAUGGUCCGAAGCCUUUGAGAUCGUUUGAGAACUUCCUGGGAAUCGCGGGCUUGUCAGACAAGGAUCAAGCUAAGGUGGAUCUAGACACGAGGCUGAUAGUCCGAAUGAUGGUCUUGUUCACGGUUGCACAAAGGAGCAGGCACUCAAGCUGGAUUGCCAGACCGUCAUGGACAAGACCUCCGGGAACUGGGUUUUUGCUUGAACAUCCGGCGUCCCCGAGAACCUACUUGAAGGAGAACAAUCCCCUCUACCACGUUGCACCUUCGGUGUGGGACUCGGACUUCAUGAAGAAAUUCCUCGAGUUUGCAGGUUUGAGCAUAUACACCUUCGAUCAAGGGUGCCUGGGACAUCAAGCGGUCAAACCGACAACGAUAGCCACGAAUCUAGCGUUGGAGCACUUGCAUGGGAGAAAGGCGACUAUGUUUCAACCAAGUCAAGUGGCAUCUUCGAAGGACCUGGCAAGAUGGGCACCGAAGUUGGUGGAGGAAAUCGCCAAGGCGAUAAAGGCCUGGGCUGGAAGGUGGGGAGUUGAAGGAGACGAAGAAAUAUGCCUGGAUGAGGAGCAUGAGUUACAUCGACUCUCCAAGAAUGUUCGCGAGGAAUGGCAGAUUCAUCUACAACGAGACCAUUAUCCUUUCAGGCAAGAUUGCCGGGAGUGCAUAAAGUUCUUGGCAAAUGGAAGGUCCCACAGAGCUGUGAGCCAUCCUUUUCCGUUUGUGCUUCACCUGGACAUCUGCGGGCCGAUGAGAGUGAAGGGGAGGUCGAUAUUCGGGGCAAACCAUAAGUACCUCUUGGUGGGCGCUUUCAGAUACCCCAAAAUCGCUCAAACCCCUCCACCAGACCCAGAAGAAGGUGAAGAUCCUGCUUUGGUCGGCCUGUUUGAAGAGAAGGAAGACAAGCGAGUGCAGGAAGAUGAGGUAGCAAAGCCUCCAGCGAAUCCCGAAGCUCCUGAACAAGAAGAUGCAGUUGACCGAGAACUACAAGAGCUAAGGGAGCCAUUUGAGUAUGACGUUGCCUACUUCACCAAGCCGUUGAAGUCACGGAUAGCCUCUGAGGUCCUGACCCGAGUUCAGGAGAUCUGUGCGGAGGUCAAGUUGAUGGGCUUCCCGAUCCUAAAAAUCCACUCGGACAGGGCGAAGGAGCUUUCAUCUACGCCAUUUCGGGCCUGGAUGUCUUCGCAAGGGAUCGUGAGGUCAGCCACAGAAGGAGAGGAUCCAGCAGCCAAUGGCGUUGCAGAAGCAGCAGUGAAGUUUGUGAAAGGAAGAACAAGAAUCCUGAUACAAAUGCUGGCGAAUCAAAUUGGUGAGGAAAAGGCCAAGUCGUUUUGGCCACUGGCAGCACAUACGGCGGCGGUGCAGCAAAGAAUGAGGAGGUGUUUGCGACCAUGGCCAUCCAUAGCGGCGUUUGGCUCUAAGGUCCUGAUCAAAACCAAGCAUUACGGCGUCAGCAAGAGCAACGAUUUGGCGCCAAAGAGGAUUGAGGGCCAUUACCUGGGACCAUCGCCAGAUGUCACCAAUGGACAUGUGGUCUGGACAAAGAAGGGGAACUUGUGGCAGACGACUUCGUUGCGGACGCCAAGGGAUCCAGAACCAGAAGCAGAGAUGUCUGUUCACGAAGAAGAUGUGUUGACUCCGCUACCUCAACCGAGAAGAAGGCUGACAUCGAAGACUACACUGUCUGGCAUUUGGGUGGAACCUGAGCUGACAACGAUGUGUGGCUUGGAAGGGUCAGGGGAGGAAGCGGAGUUACAGGCGUUGGCAACCGUGGGAUCCAAGGAAGGGAUUGGUGGAAGGGCCAAAGGGUUGGAAGACAUCAUGGAAGAUGAGAGACUGUGCAAGGAGUACUUCAGCCAGGCGAGGUUCUCAAGGGAGGAUGCA